AUGGCAGUGUUGGGGAUUGUGUUAGAGUGGGUGAGAGAGGCGGGUGUUGUUAGCGACGAAGCGGGGGCGCCGGCGGUGGCGAGGGUGGAGGAAAGGAUGAAGGUGGGGUGCUUAGUCGCUCAGUGCAGGGAGUCAGCAACAACCAGUCGUUACCCUGCAGACCCAGGAACAACACUUUCUUCUUCUUCUUCUUCUUCUUCUUCUUCUUCUUCUUCUUCUUCACUUUUUUUUAUUUCUUUUCUUCGGCGGUUUUUGAAUCUUCUCUGUGUCAUCAUCCCUCUCUUCAUUUUGUAUUUCCUGCCGUUUGUGGCCUCAUUAUCUAUCUAUCUAUCUAUCUAUCUAUUUAUCUAUCUAUCUAUCUAUCUAUCUAUCUAUCUAUCUAUCCAAGACUGUUCAUUAUCUAUGUAUGUAUACAUGUAUGCAUAUUUGUAUGCAUGCAUCUAUCUAUCUAUCUAUCUAUCUAUCUAUCUAUCUAUCCAAGACUGUUCAUUAUCUAUGUAUGUAUACAUGUAUGCAUAUUUGUAUGCAUGCAUGUAUCUAUCUAUCUAUCUAUCUAUCUAUCUAUCUAUUAUUUGCCUUCUUAUGAGUAGAAUCCAUUAUCGGAUCAUUACCUGA